AUGGACUUUGCCUCUCUUAUGUCCAAGGAGAUAUCCAAGGCCAAGUCAGACGCCUCGGAGAAGAAAUACACCAAACGGUCUGACAUCGAGGCAGCUCGCGUGGCGGCGUACAACGCCGAGCAGGAGAAGCUCCAGCGAGAACGAGAAGAACGAGCCGAACUCAAGCGGAGGCGAGACGAAGAAGAAGCGGAACAGAACCGCCGGCGAGAGGAGAAACGCAGACGGCUUGCCGAAGAGUCAAGGGCACGACGAGAGGCGGAGGAAGAGGCGCGAGAAAAAGAGCGCCGCAAGCGCCUAGGACUGGCUGAAGAGGAAGCCAACAGCGAGAAGGAUGGGACAACUAUCCAGGCCGGCGAGGAUCUUGAUGAUGACGAGCUGGUUGGGAAGCUGCGGGAGCUCGGGGAGCCAGCACGGCUCUUUGGAGAGAGCCACAAAGGGAGGCUGAGGAGAUACCGAAAUCUCAUCAACCCGGAGCAGAACAGGAAGAAGCUUACGGAUGGGCCAAUUCCUACGACCCUAGAGCUGGUACCAGAGGCCGAUAUGAAAGUUCCUGAUAAGCUGCCUGCAGACGAGGAAGGGAAACGGUACCUGUUCAGACAGCUGGCCUCAUACUUCACGCUCGUCUUCAAGGAGUGGGAGAUCGCCCUAGCCCAGCGAGAUGAUUCUGUCAAGCAAACCUUUCAGGGAAAGCAGGCUUACAACGCCAUGGUGCAGUCGCGGGAGAAUAUGCGGCCACUGUUCAAGAAGUUCGAGAAUGGAGAUAUUGAGGACGGCAUCCUGGAACCCGUUGUUGAGAUUGUCAGAAACGCCCAGAACCGUCGAUAUGUUGAUGCAAACGACGGAUACCUUACAUUAAGUAUUGGAAAAGCAGCCUGGCCUAUUGGUGUCACCAUGGUUGGCAUUCAUGAGCGUUCUGCUCGAGAAAAACUACAUGAAGGAGGCAAGGGACAGGCCCAUAUCAUGAGUGAUGAGAUUACUCGCAAAUUUCUCCAGAGCAUUAAACGAUGCCUGACCUUUGCCCAAGUCCGAUGGCCACCGGAUGAUCAGCUCCAGCUCAUGGGAUGA